GGCGCCCCCGCGCCCCGUAGCGUCCCGCCGGAGCAGGUGGGGGCGCAGCGCGAUGGUGCGCGGAGCGCCGAGGGGCGGAGGCGGCCGCCACACCUCGGGCGCUGCGGAGCGCCCGGGGCUGGCGCGGGCGGAGCCGCCCAGAGGGCCGCGCGUGUCCCCGGCUUCGGCCCCGCCCCGCGCCGUCCAAUGAGAGCCCGCGGCCGAGGGGCUGUCCGCACACUCUGCCCGCAGCCCCACUCCGCGCCGCCGACCCCCUGACACCGCGCCCAGCGCCGGGGCAGCGCGUCCCGGACCCCGAGCUUGGCGCGCCCCCGUCGGCUUCCGGACCCCGUUCCUUGCCCCCCUCUCCGGGACCCUGCGCCCCGGCUCCUGGACUCCAGGUGCCUCUGGGUCCCCGGCCAGCGGCGAGCCCUAUGGCCCCCCAGGGGGGUGAGGUGGGAGCAGCCUGAGUACCCCGAGCCGGUGCCCCGUCCACGCCCCUCCGGGCCGCGCGGCGGGAGUCAUCGGGGAGCUAUGCUGAAGCCGGGUAGUGCGGAGGAAGCCGCGCAGCUCCCCCCUCGGCGCACCCGCGCCCCUGUCCCCGCGCUCGCGCCAGGACCCGCGGCCCCCGACGGCUCUCGGGCUUCGGCCCGCCUCGGUCUUGCCUGCCCGCUGCUGCUGCUGCUGCUGACGCUGCCGGCCCGCGUAGACACAUCCUGGUGGUACAUCGGGGCCCUGGGGGCCCGAGUGAUCUGUGACAAUAUCCCUGGUCUGGUGAGCCGGCAGCGGCAGCUGUGCCAGCGGUACCCAGACAUCAUGCGCUCGGUGGGCGAGGGCGCCCGAGAAUGGAUCCGGGAGUGUCAGCACCAGUUCCGCCACCACCGCUGGAACUGCACCACGCUGGACCGGGACCACACUGUCUUUGGCCGCGUCAUGCUCCGAAGCAGCCGGGAGGCAGCGUUUGUAUAUGCCAUCUCGUCAGCGGGGGUGGUCCAUGCUAUCACCCGUGCCUGUAGCCAGGGUGAACUGAGUGUGUGCAGCUGUGACCCCUACACCCGUGGCCGACACCAUGACCAACGUGGGGAUUUUGACUGGGGUGGCUGCAGUGACAACAUCCACUACGGUGUUCGCUUUGCCAAGGCCUUUGUGGAUGCCAAGGAAAAGAGGCUUAAGGAUGCCCGGGCCCUCAUGAACUUACAUAACAACCGCUGCGGUCGCACGGCCGUGCGGCGGUUUCUGAAGCUCGAGUGUAAGUGCCAUGGCGUGAGCGGCUCCUGUACUCUGCGCACCUGCUGGCGUGCACUCUCAGACUUCCGCCGCACGGGCGAUUACCUGCGGCGGCGCUAUGAUGGCGCCGUGCAGGUGACAGCAACCCAGGAUGGCGCCAACUUCACAGCAGCCCGCCAAGGCUAUCGCCGUGCCACUCGGACUGACCUCGUCUACUUUGAUAACUCCCCAGACUACUGUGUCUUGGACAAGGCUGCAGGUUCCCUAGGCACUGCGGGCCGUGUCUGCAGCAAGACAUCUAAAGGGACGGAUGGUUGCGAAAUCAUGUGCUGUGGCCGAGGGUAUGACACAACUCGAGUCACCCGUGUCACCCAGUGUGAGUGCAAAUUCCACUGGUGCUGUGCAGUGCGAUGCAAGGAGUGCAGAAACACUGUGGACGUCCACACUUGCAAGGCCCCCAAGAAGGCAGAGUGGCUGGACCAGACCUGAACAUAGAAAUACCUCACUCAUCCCUCUACUUCAAACCUCCUGACUCAAAAGCACAAGAUCUUUGCAUGCACACCUUCCUCUACCCUCAACUCUGGGCUGCUACAGUUUCUAUUUAAGGACUUGGGAGAGUAAUCCAGAAGGACUCUGGUGUCCUUACUGGUUCCUUAGCCCUGGGAAGGAGUUGACAGGGGAUCUAAGAAAUUGAAUGGCUCCCUGACUGCCCCCUCGGGAGGUUAGAAGGGAGAGUGGAAGAGGGAGGGGUCUUCAGAGUGAUAGACGUUGCACUAAAGCACAUGGUCAAGGCUCAUCUUUCCUUUCCUUUGCACCGGCUUCCUAACACUUCUUGUGUGUGCAAGAGGAAGGGUACCUGGGGAGAGCUUCUUUGUGUUCCUGCCUGACUGAGGGGAGAUGGGACAGAGAUGAAACCACAUCUCUUCCCUGGGUCAGUUUGAGCAGACUGCCUGGAACCCCAAAAGAAACUCUUAGGCUACAACCUUCUUCCAUUAUCAAGAGUCUGGGAUUGCUAGAUAAGAGUUAGCCAUAGUGGACAAGGUUCCAUUCACAUGCUCAUAGGUUUAUAAACUGCUGUAUUUUGUAGGGGAAAAAAAUUAUGUAACUAUAUAAACAUACAUUCUCGUCCAAUCUCCUGCCUCUUUUCAACCUAUAUCAGACAGCAUGUUGCUCACUCGCCUCUUACUCACUUGCUGCCUGUUCAAACCAAGUGGUAUGUAGUGGUUCUUAUGCCUAACAGAUCACUAGAAUACCCUGGAACACACCCGAGAAAGAGUGAUUUAGUAA